GACGCCAAUCGUUCAAAUCCGAAUCAUCGAUUUAGCUUGGAAAUUAUGAGGAAGAAGGUGUCUAAAUUUGCCCAUAAGAGAGGUUAAAAGCUAUGUUAUGGUGACAUGUACGAAUCAAUGAUAAAAUAACUGCAUGGUUCGAAAGCCAGGCAAGGCAAGUUGAUGAGCAUCAUGACAGCAAAUCUACCGGUCAAGUUGAAAUGGAUGGAGCACAUGAAUGCUUCUUGGGUGGCAGAGGACUGGGCCAAGAUAGCCAGUCGAGAUGGAGUAAUGGAACUCUACUCUCGCCUUAUCACCAACAAAGAGAUCAUUGGGGCUCCACGUCACACCCUCCACCUACAGGGUCCACAGCUGCCUGACUUUGAGCGUGAGACACCCUCCACAGAGGAACAGGAGCAUUUCCUAGAGCUUCUCCUCGGCACGCAACUGGGCCUCGCAAGGUCUGUCUGCACUGAUUCUCCAUUCUCUGUGACUCUGAGAAAACGCCUCUUGGUCCUGCGAAGGAUUUUUCACUCCGUUUCCAGUAAGUAUCAUGAUUGUGAGAAAGUGAAACAGCAGCAGAAGCUGCAGCAGGCUCAGUCAAGGACAGUUGAAGAGAAAUCCUCAGGACAAUGGGCUCAUUUUGGCACAGACGCCCUGAUCGAGAUGGGAGUCAGGACCAGCCUUACUCUUCUCUUUGCGCUUCUACGUCAGAACUGGAUGCAACCACCUGCAACGGGGGCACCGCACCUUUGCAACGACGUGCUGCAUACGGCGAAAGAUGUCGUCAUCUCGCUACCGCCACUCUCGCUCGCCAACGAGAGCAAGAUACCCCCGCUUGGCACCGAAUGCCUGAAGCAGGUGACCUCGUUCCUGAAGUCUGUCACUAUGCCGACGUCCGGUGCGGACCUGAUGGGGAAGAGGGUGGCCUGUGAGCUGGUCUUGGGACUGGCCAGUCAGAGGGGGUCUUUACAGCACCUCUUGGACUGGGUGGAGAUGGCUGUGGGAGCAUCGACUGCAGCAGCCACUCAGGGUCUGAUGCAAGGGCAAGAUGGCCCAGAGCAGAACAGCUGCAUCUCAUAUGACUACUUCAUGUCAGUACUAGGGCAGAUGAGGAAGGCCACUGGGUCAUCGGCUGAGAGGGGGUCUGUACUAUCUGAAAUGCAGAGCACUCAAGGAUUAUGUCCUCUCUAUCAAGCAGCUCUUUGUCUUAUUGAAGAGGUGGCAAGACUGGCUUCGGAGUACGCACGGACCUGCAUCAGUCCCGACGACAAGAAACCCAACAGCCUUGUGGUGUCUGAGAACAGCGAGGUGUUUGUUUGGGGUAGUAACAGCAGCCACCAGCUUGCAGAGGGUAGCCAAGAGAAGAUCCUGCUACCCAAGAUGGCUAUCUCGUUUGCAGAAAGUCAGCAGAUUGAAGCUGGACAGUACUGCACAUUUGUGAUUUCCUCCGAUGGCUCUGUGAGAGCGUGCGGGAAGGGUAGCUACGGCAGGCUAGGUCUAGGUGACUCCAACAACCAGACGCAGCUCAAGAAACUCAACUUUGAUAACAGUAUCAUCACAAGAAUAUCUUCAUCAAAGGGGUCAGAUGGUCACACCCUCGCCCUGACCUCCGAAGGUCAGGUGUUCAGCUGGGGAGACGGCGACUACGGCAAGCUCGGGCACGGCAACACGCUGACCCAGAAGUAUCCAAAGGUCAUCCUGGGGGUGCUAAUGGGGAAGGUGGUGGUGUGUAUCUCGGCUGGAUACAGGCACAGUGCGUGCGUGACGGACGACGGUCAGCUCUACACGUGGGGUGAAGGGGACUAUGGAAGAUUAGGGCACGGUGACAGCAACAGUCGGAACGUCCCCACCCUUGUGAAAGACGUGAGCAACGUAGGAAAGGUUGUGUGUGGCAGCUCCCACACCAUCGCCGUGUCGCAAGACAGCAGGACGGUCUGGUCCUUUGGUGGUGGUGACAAUGGUAAACUUGGCCAUGGAGACACCAACAGAAUCUACAAGCCCAAGAUAAUAGAGUCGUUGAUUGGUCUGUUCAUUAAGAAGGUUGGGUGUGGUAGUCAGUCUUCACUAGCUCUCACCUCAACAGGACAGGUGUAUGCAUGGGGCCAUGGGGCGUGCCUUGGCUGUGGUUCUUCGGAAGCAAUUUCGCUGAGACCCAAACUUGUAGAGGACCUGCAGUUCACAAGGAUUGUGGAUAUUGCGUGUGGGGACAGCCAUUGCUUAGCACUCACCCAUGAUAAUGAAGUAUAUGGCUGGGGCAACAACGCUAUGGGCCAGUGUGGUCAGGGGCAUACCACUAGCCCCAUCACAAGGGUCAAGAAAGUGGCCAGUCUGGAAGGAGUGACCAUUCACCAGAUCUCUGCUGGAACCUCGCACAGUGUGGCCUGGACAGCGCUUCCAUCGGACAGGCAAGUUGUAGCUUGGCAUCGUCCAUUUUGUGUGGACCUUCAAGAGGGCACUUUCUCUCACCUGCGAUCGUUCAUAGAGCACUAUUGUGAGGGGUUCAACGGAACCCAGCCCCCGCCUCCAUUCCCAACUGCCAGAGAGCAUCAGCAGUUUGUUCUGCUCUGUCUCAAGCUACUCUGCACCCAUCUCCAGCUGGCGUUGGCCGGAGGUCUGACAGCCAGCGUGCUAGGCAACCAGGCUAGGCCGCUGCGCCAUCUUCUCUUCCGCCUCAUCGAUGCCAACACACCAGCAUCGAUACAGAAGGCUGUGAGUGAUACACUCUCCAUAGGUGCACCCCUGCUCCUGCCUCCACUGAGAGAGAGAAUGGAGCUCCUGCAUUCACUGCUGCCACAGGGACCUGAUCGCUGGGACUCCCUAUCCAAGGGACAGAGAAUGCAACUGGGUAUUGUCCUGACAAGCCUUCAAGAGAACAUUCAUGUGGCCUCCUUACUGGGGUUCACCUCGACCCUAGAGGGGGAGCUCAGUCCACCCCUGGAGGGGGACGGGAGUGGCAUGUCCUUGGGGGCUUCCCCCACCGAAGACACGCACCUGGCCGAGGUCCUGAUGAAGACACUGCUAAGGAAUCUGGGAUAUCACACCGAACAAGCCUUUGGGGAGCUGGAGAAGAACAGUGACAAACGUCAACCAUCCAUCACAUGUGAGGACGGUGCCCCGCCCUCCCAUCUCCGAGAACUCCUCUCAUCUCUGCAGAAACAUCUUCUGGCUUACUGCCAUGCAAGCAAUAGUGAUGAGAUUUCAUCAAGUGUGAGCUUGUUGCACAAGCACCUAUGUCUUCUACUACCCCAUGCUGUGGAGGUCCUACAGAGAUCCACAACCCUAUUGAAGCAGAGCGGAAGCAAUGCUUCUCAGGCAGUUAGGAGCAAGCUCAGAGAUGUGCUGGUGAACUCAGCUGCAGGGUCCAUGCUCUCUCACAUCCUCCACUCACUGCUCCUCCUGCCGGUGACGGUGACACGCCCUCUUCUCCAUCACCUCCUUGCCCUCCUACCGGAGCUGGACAAGCUGAAUCGUCUUCUGCCUGCAGCGAGUGUGCUGGAAGAACAGGAGAUGGAGUGGCCUAUGAGGGUGUCAUCAGACUCACCUGAUCCCACAGCCAUGCCCCUACCCCAGCCUGUGCGAGGCUGGGUGUGGCUGGUGGACCUGGAGCGCACCUGUUCCCUGGUGAUUGGCUGGUGUCUAGGGGGUAUGCUGGCCUGGAGACCCCUCUCUAAGGAGGAGAGGGAGACCAGUGGUUGGAUGGUAUCCAAGCUCAUGCAGAACGGCAUGGAGAAGCAGGUCCAGCACGUAGACAAGCUUGUCAGCAAGAUGUCCGAGGCAGCCAUGCUUGGUGAUGAUGACUUUGAUAUCUCAGAGCACAAUGUCCAGAAGGAAUGUCUGUCUCUCCUGGACCUGACACUGGGGAAGAGCAGGGAACCAGGACAGUUCAUAUGGGAAGCCAUGCAGGAGUAUGCUCUCAGCAGAGGUUGGGAAACCAGUGAUGAUGAUUUGGAUGAUCUGUUAGAUAGAGCAACUCGCUGUCUGCUGGCAUGUCUUCUCAAACAGACUCGCUUGUUUCAUCAUGCUGCACAGAGACCAAGAUCAACCAUUGAGGACUCCAAGAGCCUGAUCGAGGUCUACCGGACCGUGUACCGGGUGAGACGUAAGCUGGUCACCACCAAGCUCAUGCAGAGGCAGGAGGCCCAGGAGCCUGAAUCGGACCCCAUGGACGAGGCCACCAACAACCUCUCUGAUUCCGAGAGUGGAGAGAGGAAACGAUAUCCCACCGCUGCAAUCCCUUCCACAUCAUCGGUACUCCCUGCAGGGGCAACAGCGAUGGCAACCAUUGUCACGUAUAGCCCGAGGACAAAGUCAUUCUUGCGCAAGAAAGUCGAACAAUCUUCAACUUCCAGCACCAGCCAGAACCUCAGUCUCUCUGACCUGGAAGUAGACCCUGAGGCUGAACCUCCCAAGCCUGACCCCAGCAACACGGAUGACGAUGACGAGGACACCGUCAGGGACGAGGACCCAGAGCGUGGGGGGGACUCAUCGAAGGCUGCCGCUAAGCAGACCUACUUCAGCUUCAGCGAAGCCUGCAAGUCGUUGAUCGAGAGAUGCAUGUUCCUGAUCCUCGGCGUCAGUCCGGCCAUUUUGGAAAAUGGCCACCAGAGUGUCGUACCAGAUUUUGAUAAGACAGGAAAUUCACUGGACACAAAAGAAAUAACGACAAAGUCUGAGGGAAAAGUUAAGUCUCCAGAAUCUACUUCCUCAAGCCAGGAUGGAAGCAAGAUCUUUGACAAUGCAGAUUCUAAAUCUCCAUCGAAGACCAGCUCUCCGUGUCAUUCAAAUAAACAUCAAAACUGUCUCUCUUGCCUUCGAAACAUCUGCAACGAAGCAGUGAAUUUUGUGUGUCAGGAAUUCUCUCCUGCCCAGACUCAUCGUGAGGAGGAAGAGCUCCUAUACUGUACUGAUCCCAACACAGUAGCACUGGCCUUGCAGAACCAACAGUACAGAGCAGAGAUACGCUUCGAUGCCUUGAACCAGAUUCUUGCCCUUCUCCAUGGCAACCAAGACGACAAAACCAAGGAGACACCAGAGGGCGGUGUUGAGAGCCCCUUCAGCUCUCUCUGUCUCCUGACGUCGGCUCAUUUUCAGUUCAUGCUCGGUGCCUUUGGCUUGGACACACUGGACCAGUGCAAUCGGGACUCGUCUCGCACCAUGCAGCUUUAUCAUUACAGCGAUGGUAUAAGAUCAGCGACAAUGUCCACACAAGACCAGAUCAGGGCUGUAGCACAUCGCAUCUGUAAUCAUCUUGUGACAGUGCUAGCUGAGAGAGCUUCUGAAAUGCCGGCCAAGAAAAGUGCGCAACAUCGACUGACCCUCGCCACCGUGUUUGCACUGAGCGUCAAGUACCACCCACCCGACAUCUGCCUAGCCAUCUCCAGCGGUAUCCUACCCCUCCUGGCUGACCUCUGCGGGGGUAAGUCGGCCCUGGCUCGUCCCCUCCAUCCGUCCCUCCUGGGCCUGCAGCUGCCCGGUGGCACACCCCCGACCCUGAGGAUACUCCAGGUGGCCAGUAUGAGACUGCUGCAGGUGCUAGCUAUUACUGCUGGAACUUAUGCCCAGCAGUUGGAUAACAAGAUUGUGCAAGCAGUCGUUGACCUUCUGUGGGACCAACUGGACAGUCUAAUGUCCCUGGCCAUCACCGACCCCCAUCUGACCUCGGGACGGAGGUCAAAGUCAAAUUCACUCACAGACACCAGCUCUGGAUCGCAGAAAAGUGAAACAAAAUCUUCAAAGUCAACUUCCAAAGAUAAGGAGCACAAGGUAGGAAAGCGCACAAGGCAGGCAGCGCAGAACGCCCUAGGAGACUUCUUGGUGUUCCUGCGUCGGGUCUCUAGCUGUGGUGUGGUACAGUCCAAGAUGGCUGAGAGUCGAUGGACAGAUAUCCUCCUGGCCAUUGUGGGGCAUCAUCCGCAGUCAGGUCUCCCCCGCAUUGAGAAUGUGAGAACAAGACUUCUAGCUCUACAUCUCCUGGAAACUGUCUUGCCUGCACUAAAAACAAGCAACAGAGGGCAGCAAAUUCAGGUUAUUGAGCAGCUGAUGACCAACAUCUCGGACAGCAUGUGGUCAGCGCCUCUGGCCAGUGCCCGUCACUGUGCCAACCGCAUCCAGACUGCCCUGGCCAGGCAACGGUCAGCCUCCACAUCCUCCUCGGACGCAGGCCGAUCCGAGAGCAACCAGAGGGCGUUGCCCUUCACCAAGAAGAGCUUGACGGACACGACGACGAGUAGUGGUAAUAGCUGCUGGAUGAAUAUCAGUCUUGCAGAUGCUCCAUCAGCAGAUGAAGAUGAUGAUGACGAUGGUCUGAUCCUGCAAGAUGCUGUCUUUGACCCUGAUAAGACAGUCUGCUGCAGCGUGGAGAACAGCCACACCCUUGUGCAUGGUUCAGGCGGGAGAGGUUAUGGGUUAGGAGCAACGGGGAUAACUGCUGGAUGCUACCAGUGGAAGUUCAACAUCGUGAAGGAGAACAAGGGCAACGAAGGGACCUGCGUGGGUGUCUCCCGCUACCCUGUCAGGGACUUCAGUCACCGUACCACCUCCGACAUGUGGCUCUACCGGGCCUACAGCGGCAACCUCUACCACAACGGAGAGCACACCCUGACGCUGCCGGGCUUCACCCAGGGGGAUUAUGUGACCUGCGUCCUGGACAUGGAGGCCAGGACAGUGUCCUUUGGAAAGAAUGGAGAGGAGCCUCGCUUGGCCUUUGAAGACAUCGAGGCUACUGAGCUUUACCCUGUGGUCAUGUUCUACAGCAGUAAUCCUGGUGAAAAGGUCAAGAUCUGUGACAUGCAGGUCAGGGGGGCACCACGCGACCUUUACCCCGGUGACCCUCUCUGUGCCCCGAUGACCUCCAUCCUGUCCGAGUCCCACAUCUCCCUGGUGAACUGGCUGCAUCGGAAUGACCAGUGGCGCGACGUGGUCAACACAUGCCUCCUAGACCGCCUCACGUCCAUAGGUCAAGUGCUGGGUCAUCUCCAUGGCGACGGGGUGCAGGGGAAAGGCAAGACAAAGAGCACAGGUUCACUUUCAAAAGGAAAUAAGGAUGGUACUAAAGUGCAGAAGUCGAAAGAUGAUGACACAAAGGGAACACAAAAGACUCUGGAUGGGACUGAAGAAACAGAGAAAUCAACUGAAAAGGUCACGAAAGAAAGCAGCAGUAAGGAGGAUUCGAAAGAGACGGAGGUUGUACAGAAUGGCCGGAGUGGUGAGACCUUGCUAACAAUAGAUGAAGGAAAGACUGAAGAAGUGAAAGAGGAGGUAGAGAUGGAACAUGAUACCCCAUCAGUGUCAGAUAAGAUUGAAGGAGAGAAGGAUUCCUUGAAGGAUGGAGACAAGGAUGAGAAAAAGGCCGGUGUUAAGGAUACAUCGAUAGCUUCUUCAGAUGACCAAAAGGAGGACACUGCAGUACAAAGUCUAGAGGACAUGUGCCAGCAUGUCUGGCCAGCCCUAGCCAUCAUCGGUGGUAUCGAUAAGGGACUACGGAUGGGAGGGCGGUGCAUCCAUCGACAGACCUCAAGGGAGGCGGUCCUUUUGGGCGUGGCCAAGGUCGGUAACUCCUCCGCUAAGGUGCAGUGGGAAGAUGGUGAGGCCAAUAUCAGUGACAGUGCAAUAUCCAACUUGGAACCUGUGAUACCCAUAACCUUUGACACGGGUCGGCUGCAAGGCCUGACCCCAUCACUCCUCUCCAACCUGGCCCUCCUCUCCGGCCUAGCGGAGGAGUCCCCUCCGAAGACGUCCCCCAGGGAAGGGGGAGCAAGGCGAGAUGGGGAGAGGGGUAACGGGGGUAAAGAUGCAGCGAAGGAGGGGAAAGAAGAGCAGAAGGAAAAGGAGAAGGAGAAAGAGUUACUGGAGAGGUCGUUAGAUGAGGACAUAGCGAAAGCUAUGGAUGAGGAACAGCAGGUUGCGGAUGAUGCAAAAACCAAAGAAACUACUGAGCAACCUGUAGAUCAGACAGCAUCAACCUUCAGGUCCUCUUCACCAGUGGCUGAUCAAGCCGAAGCUGACAGUUCACCCAUCGCGGUCUCAAAGCCGGACAUCCCAGAUGCUCCUGCCACCGACGAUGCCAAGGCUGCAGCGGUUGCCACGUCAGGGUCAGUGACGACGGAGAUGGUGGAGGAGGUCCUGCAGAGCAUCACAGAAGACCUCCAAGCCAUGUCUUGCCAGGAGACAACACCCACCGGCACGCAGGAGACGACGCCCACCAGCACGCAGGAGACGACACCCACCAGUACACAAGUGUCCAAUGACACUACCACCUCCGGCGAUAUCCCAGAGACCGACACCAACGCGGCUAUCGCAGCAGCUCCUCCCGAAAUCUUUGUCACCACGUCUCUCAGUACAUGUACAUGUACUUGCACUAUUCAACUCACUCAGCCUACCAGCAAUGGCAGCAUUACUACAACAACGUCAUCAGCUACAAACAUCGUGGCUCCUGCUCCCGCUGUGGACCAAACAAUGUCGAACCCUGGGAAAACAGAUAAGGAACCUGCUGCUACUUCAGCAAGCACCAGUGGUGGAGAGCCUGGACCCACCAGUGACAGGAGAGGGAGCUCAUUACUCAAAUCAAUAGACCCCAUUGAACAGGCACAGCUAGAGAUGAAGCAGGUCAUGCUCGCUCUUGUCAGGAUCAACGCCAUGAAGUCUCUAGGAACCAUCAUCGGUUGCAGCAAGUACGCCGAGAUGCUCCUUGUUCCCAAGAUGGAGACAAGUAAUAAACCCGUCAAGCGGCAAAACAGCAAAGAAAAAUCAUCUUCCCAGUCGACGUCCACAUCAUCGAGGCCAUCGAGCCCCAAGUCGUCCGACAGCAAUGACCCUCCAAAGAGCGGGGAAUGCCUGGAGGAGCUACGCAGUACCCUUCGCUCCAUCAUGCGGCGCUUGGUCAAGCAGGCAGUGAUGCCCUCACCAAUCAAGCGUGUUGUUUCGGUAGCCGAGCUGGAGAGGGCGCAAGCCAUGUUGGUCAAAGUAACGGCCCAAGCUCCUUUUGCUGUAGAUGAGGGAGAAGAUAGGGCGACAGGUGGAGAAUCAGCAUCAGCUUCCUCCAAGCCCUCCCAAACCCCGCCCCAAGACUCGCUCCUCCCCCAGGGGGAGGGUAACGACCAAUCACAGGACGAAGGCCUAUCCCUAGCGCCCGUCUCUGCUCCGCCCACACCAUCAUCGUCCAUCCCCCCUCGGAGAUUGAGGAGGAUAACCCGGAAUAACGGCACCCUGACUCUCAGACGUCAACCUAGAGGGCCUCCCAGGGUUCCUGCUGACACGCCUCCUCCGUCACCUGAUCCAUGCGAGGCUGCAAGGGAUUCUGCGGCAGCAGCCAGCAGGUUGGCAGCGAGACGUGCAGCAUCGCCCCCUCCCCCUCCCAUCGCUGGUCCUCUCCUUGAGAUGGGCUUCACUAUACAACACAUCCACAAAGCCAUGGAAGUCACCGGGACGAGUGGAGAGCUUGACCCGGAGCGCAUCAGCGUCCUAGCGACCUGGAUGCUGGAGCAUCCUCACACAGCCGUGCCGGACCCCGAGGAGGAGGAGGAGGAGGACGAAGGAGGCAUCGAUGCUCUAUCGAUCUUGACCGGUGCGACCGUCGGACUGAGCUCGACGACUUCCCUCUCCGUCGAUGAAGGAUCCAAUGCUGAUGCCAUGAGCUUGGAUGCUGGCAUCGAGGAGUCCAUCUUCAUGGUAGAUGAGGCUGGCAUCGCACCGGCCAUAUCUACAGAGCGACCCCCGUCUCGUCUGGAGAGGUACAGAGCUGUAGCCGACCUGUCUUCACUGGCCAAUGCUAUGGCAAGGAGUCUGGACACACCAAGCGUUCCAUAUCAAGAUCUGAUGGGAAGUGCCCUCCUGUCAGGAACCUUUCCCCAGAACCUCCAGGACGUCACCAUCUUUGACGAACAGGACAUGGACAUCGAAGAAGACCAAACCAACAACCUCCUUGGCGACAUCACGUCUGAAACAGAGCUCCUUGGCCAGUGGUAUGAGGAGCUCUCACACGUCAGCAGCGCCCAGGUGACCUGUGAACUCUGCAGCACCACCGUCACCUGGUUCAACCGCCACAUGCACCAGUACCACCCCGGCUGCGGCAAGAGCUGCGGUCACAUGGGCUACCGUAGCAACGGCUCCUACGUGGAUGGAUGGUUCGGAGGGGCAUGCGGGACGGGGACGCCGUACUACCUGCUGUGCCGAGACUGCAGGCAGAAGUAUCUUCAGGACAAGCCUGCUUCGCAGCAGUCGCCUGUCGCUGUGGAUCUUGGAGUGGGAGCAGACACUGGAGCAGAUGACGAGACAGGUCAUCUCGGCGUGGACGAAGACCUGCUCCUCUCUGGCCAGGAGAACUUUGAACAGGUGAUGCAUCGUCUGGGUCUGACCGACAGCAGGCCCAUCCCCUCGGCUUUGGACUUUUCGGAACAGGACCCACUCGGGGCUAAGGCCUGCUCGGACUGUAAAGGACAGACCAACAAUGGUGGUGCCCAACAAAAUGAUGGAAACAGUUUUCCUAGCAUCAACGGACAACCCUGCAGACUGUCCUUAGGGGAGCAAGUCUCCAUCCUGUUGACACCCCAGGAGAGAGGGGUAGCACUACGUAAAGUCGCUGCGGCCUCCCAGGUGCUGCUGGCACGUUCAAUGGUAAUGAGGGCACUCUCACUGCUAUCAGUCAGUGGCUCGGCAUGCAACCUCUCCGAAGGUCUGGAGAGACUCGGUCUGGCCGACAUCCGGCUGGUCGUCCGUCUCAUGUGCCUGGCCGCAGCGGGCCGAGCCGACUUCACCUCGAUGUCGACCUCGUACCCCGACACCAGCUUCUCGCAAACUCAGUACUACCCCAGUCCCUCAUCGGCCACCAGUGCGGCGGUGGACGCCAUCAGCCAUAGCUCCACGUCCAGUCUCUCGUACUUGAGCUCGGCCAUCGGAGCUCUGGUGUUGAGUAAUCCCAGCGCGGCCAAGCUGCUUGUUCAGCUAUGCACAAAGGACCUGUUGUCGGCAGCUUGUGGUCUGAACAUCGCAGCCAUAGAUACCAGGCGAGUUGCCAUGGCAACGGAGGACCCAAGCAGCUCCGAUCAGAGGGCAUUAUCAUCGCCUAGCUUUGCCGUCACCAAGGCACUGGUGGCCCUCUUGGCUAAGAGCUCACCAAGUACUUCAAAGUCUCAUGGAGCAAGUGAUAACAAAGAUACCAAACCAAAGUCCAAUCCUCUACUGCUUGCCAACGCCCUGGCGGCCUGCUGCCUGUCCAGUCGUCUAGCCAGCGACCAUCGCCAGUGGGCAGCCCAGCAGCUGGUCAAGGCUCUGGCCGGCAAGGCCAAGGAUGAGACGGGGUCCAGGGGGCCUCAGUCCCUCCCCAUGGUAGCCGACGUCCAGGGGGAACUACCCCAGUGCCCUGUGGAGAAGGUGGAGGCUCACACGGCACCCCUGACGGCCAGCAGAUGGAAUACAAAGAAGGCACUUCUAGCAACGUGUGGUCGAGAUGGGCGUGUCCGCACCUGGAGUCUGACCCCCUCCUCCCACCCCCUGCCCCAGCAGAUCUGCACCUUCUCCGCCACCGAGGACCAGAUUGCCAUCCUGAAGGGGCGCUACCCAGACGGACUGCCCCUCUCAAACUUCUGCUGGACCCCCAGCGGUCGCAUCAUGGCAGGCUCUGUCGACAACCUGGUCAAUAUUUGGUUUACCACGGGUGGGCGUGGUCACCUGGACAUCCAACCCCAGCUGGUGACGGCCCUCACCUGGCCCCUCCACAAGGGUCUUCUGGAGGGCAGGGCCGGUACCACCACCGACAUGCUGGUGGUAGGGAGGGUAGAUGGUUCCCUGGGGCUCAUCGAGAUACUGGAUCACACUACCUUCCAUCGAGUAGAGCUGGAACAGUGCUACAGGCAGGGAGUUGCUGUGACAUGCCUUGCGUGGUAUGAUGAGGACCAUAGGUUUGCUGUAGGCUACUCUGAUGGUCAGCUUGCUUUCUGCAGCCGAGACACCUUUGAUCCGGAACCAACCUUUGUACUAGAAGCUCAUGAGAACCAAGUGCUUUGCGUUGAGUGGAACACAACUGGUCAUCUCCUGGCCAGCUGUGCGGCCGGCGAUGCGGUCAAGAUAUGGCUUCAGACGGGCAAGCAGCCCAGCUGUCUCUAUGAGCUUCAGCUACCGUCCUGUCCCCUGGUCUCUACUCUGGAAUGGUGCUCGCUCAGCCCUCAAAUUGGCAACGCGAACUUCUUUCUGGCCAUUGGCUGUGUAACAGGGAGUCUUCAUGUUUGGAGGAUUCCUUAUCAGAACCGUAUGGACAUACCCACACCUAUAGGCUCCAGACCAAGGCAGUUCCUUGAACCCCUGACACCCGCAUCACCUGCUCAGGAAAAGAUCGGUGUUGCUGAUGAAAAGCCCAAAGAGCUUAUUGUGGUCAAAGGUCAUUCUGGGGUCAUCACACAUUUGACCUUUAGCCCAGAUGGUCUGUUGUUAGCAUCUGGAUGUUCAGAAGGCCUUGUGAAUGUAUGGGCAUUACAUGAGGGUGCUGUCCUGCACACCUUCAAGGGUGACGGCCCCGUUCAAGACCUCUCCUGGACGUCCAGCUCCAGUCUGGCCUUCUGCUCGGCCAAGUCCCGCUUCCUGACCAUCGGCGUCUGCUCUGAGGACUGGUACCUCAAGCACCGGGUCUACGCCGCCUGCCGCAUGGCCCUCGUCUCCCAGGGCAUCGUGGGACUGCACCAGGCGCCGUUCCUUCGUGCCUUCCUGGAGAGGCUGCCCAUGAUCCUCCAAACGCAGUACUCGGCUGAGAAGGGGCAAGUGUUGAGAGGGGAUCAGCUUGUCCACAGCAGCUUCCUCCAGUGUCUUGCCGCCCUGGCCCUUGCCCUCAAUCUAGGCCACGCCCUUUACCUCCACCCUCGGCCCCCUCACCGCACCCAGGAAGACGACGCCCCUAUUCUACCGGAAUGGAACUGGCUCUCCUCAUUCUGCACUGCGAUGAAGUCAGCCACUGCACUCAUGCAGAGGGAGGUCAUGCCCCCAGAGUUCCUGGUGCCCAACAUGGAGCUGCUGCAGGCCAGCGAGAGACCGAGGCCGACGGUCAACAGUGACUGGUCCCUCAUGAUGGAUCAGCAGAUCAUGUCGUGGGCUAUGCAGAAACCAGAGGAUUGGCAGCUUGGUGGGCGUUGUGAGGUGUUUGUCUGGGGGAGCGGUAGGCAGGGGCAGUUGGCAGAAACGGGACGAGGUACUGCCACACCUAACCUUGUCACAUCCUUCUCAUCAGCACAGCAAGUGAUCUGUGGGCAGAACUGUACCUUUGUGAUUCACUCCAACGGGACAGUGUCUGCCUGUGGUGAGGGCAGCUAUGGAAGGCUAGGUCAAGGCAACUCAGAUGAUCUUCAUACUCUUACUGUCAUCUCUGCACUCCAAGGUUUCGUGGUGACCCAGCUAGUCACAUCGUGUGGUUCAGACGGCCAUUCCAUGGCACUGACAGAGAGCGGAGAGGUGUUCAGCUGGGGGGAUGGAGAUUACGGAAAGCUAGGACAUGGUAACAGCGAUAGGCAGAGGAGGCCAAGACAAGUUGAAGCAUUACAGGGAGAGGAGAUUAGUCAGAUGGCAUGUGGUUUCAAGCACUCUGCCGUUGUAACGUCGGAUGGUAAACUCUUCACCUUUGGCAACGGAGACUAUGGCCGUCUAGGACACGGCAACACCUCCAACAAGAAGACUCCUGAGCCGGUAGUAGCCCUAGGCCAGUCAGUCGGUCAGGUGUCCUGUGGUAUGAACCAUACCCUAUGCGUCUCUGCCGAUGGUACUAUCGUGUGGGCUUUCGGUGACGGGGAUUACGGCAAGCUAGGACUAGGCAACUCUACAGCCAAGUCUUAUCCACAGAGGAUUGAGAGCCUGUGUAACAUUGGCAUCAAGAAGGUCUGCUGUGGUACUCAAUACUCUGUAGCUCUCACUAAGGAUGGCAGAGUGUUCACAUUCGGUCAAGAUCGUCUUACUGGCCUAUCGGAGAACAGGGCCCGUCUGGCCAACCGACCCCAGCAGGUCCUAGCCCUGGCAGGGUUCUUCGUCGAGGACAUCGCUGUGGGCUCGGAGCACACCGUGGCCCUCACCAGUACCGGCGAUGUCUGGGGGUGGGGUAGUAACAGCGACGGUCAGCUAGGGCUAGGUCACUUCAAUACGGUCAGGGAACCUGUUCUGGUUGGCUCACUGCAAGGCAAGAACAUUCAACAGAUUGCUGCAGGGCGUAGCCACUCUGCUGCCUGGACGGCACCCCCUGUACCCCGAUGCAGCCCUGGCUCCCCGGCCCCAUUGCAGCUUGGUCUCCCCGAUCACAUCCCAACGCAGUAUACCGCCCUCAAGGACUGUAGUCCAGGCAGUGUGAGGGCUCGUCUAAGACUCCUGCAUCACUUCAGUGAUCUCAUGUAUUCUUCGUGGAGACUACUCAACCUAGAUCCAGCUCAGCACAUAACACUAGGUCCUUACGGAGCUGGUAUCUCAGGCCUGAUGGAUGGUUCUCUUCGGCCCUUAUUGGCGCCAAGGGUCUACACCCUGCCCAUGGUGAGGGCUAUCGGUAGGACCAUGGUCCAAGGCAAGAAUUAUGGACCCCAGGUCACUGUCAAGAGACUAGCAACAAGGGGACGGAAGUGCAAGCCCAUCUUUGUCCAGAUAGCCAAGCAGGUUGUCCGUCUGAAGCCAGCCGACCUGAGGCUCCCUGCUAGAGCAUGGAAGGUCAAACUGGUAGGGGAAGGUGCAGAUGAUGCCGGAGGGGUGUUUGACGAUACCAUUACAGAAAUGUGCCAGGAGCUGGAGUCUGGGACCGUCGGUCUUCUCAUCCCAACGCCGAACGCUGUCUCGGAGAAUGGCAGUAACAGGGACAGGUUCCUGCUUAACCCCUCGGCCGGCUCGGAGGAGCAGCUAUCUCUCUUCAAGUUCCUGGGCAUCUUGUUUGGAGUGGCCAUUCGGACCAAGAAGCCCCUCGACCUCCAUCUCGCUCCCUUGGUCUGGAAACAGCUGGUGGGAAUACCCCUCACGACACAAGACUUGGAAGAGGUUGAUUUCCUGAAUGUGCAGAAUCUUCGAAACAUCAGUGACAUUGACAAGAGUGGAGUCAACGAAGAUAACUUCCAUGAGGUGAUACCCCUGGAGAGGUUUGAAGGUCAGAGUGCAGAUGGACGCUUUGUUCCCAUCGUGCCAGGAGGUUGGAGCAUCCCGCUCACGUUCAGUAACAGGAAGGAGUACGUAGAGAGAGCCCUGGCAUAUAGACUACAUGAGCUAGACAGACAGGUGGCCGCUGUGAGAGAAGGCAUGUCAUGGAUCAUACCAAUACCACUCCUCUCGCUCCUGACAUAUCGCCAGCUGGAGCAGAUGGUUUGUGGGAUGCCUGUUAUCUCGGUGGAUAUCCUCAAGCGAGUUGUCAGGUACCGUGAGAUUGACGAGCACCACCCCCUGGUGCAGUGGCUAUGGCAGACUCUUGAACAGUUCACCAAUGAGGAGCGCGUUCUCUUCAUGCGCUUCGUGUCUGGACGUUCACGCCUCCCGGCCAACAUCGCGGACAUCUCACAGCGCUUUCAGAUCAUGAAGGUGGAUAGGUCUGUCGAUGGACUCCCUACUGCCCAGACCUGUUUCUUCCAGCUGCGCAUCCCACCAUACUCCAGCCAGGCCGUCAUGGCAGAGAGACUGCGCUAUGCAAUCCACAACUGCCGCUCCAUCGACAUGGACAACUACAUGCUCUCCAGGAACACCGAUGCUGCUAACCUAUCGGACGGUGAGAUGUAGGUGGUUUCCAGAGACAUCUUCAGUUCUGCCUUUCCACAGUUGAACAGUUGGCCCUCUCCAGGAACACCGAUGCUGCUAACCUAUCAGACGGUGAGAUGUAGGUGUGUUCCGGAGACAGCUUCACUUCUGCCUUUUGACAGUUGUCCAGUUAGCCCUCUCCAGAUACUCUGUUGCAGCUGAUUUAUCAGACGGUGAGGUUAAGGUGUAUUCCAGAGACAUCUUCAGUUUUGCCCUUUGACAGUUGAACCAUGAAUGCUUUGCAGAACCACUGUUGCAGCUGAUUUAUCGGACGGUGGGAUGUAGGUGUAUUCCGGAGACAUCUUCAGUUCCACCCUUUUGACAGUUGAACCAUGAAUGCUUCCAGAAAUACUUGCAGCUGAUCUAUCAGACGGUGAGGUUAAGGUGUAUUCUGAAGGCAUGUCAAGUUAUGUCUUUGGACCAACCACUGGUGACAAGGCUUUCGUUGAUCAGUAACAUCUGGAUGGCUGACUAAUAAGAUAGAAGCACUGAUGUUUUGAAAGGCAUUUCAAGUGAUGUCUUUGGACACCAUCCGUUAUGGUCAGUUGUUGAUCAUAGAUACCAGGGCAGCAGAUGAACCAUACUGGCACCUGGGCGACUCUCAAAGGCAUCUUGACAUCUCUUCUAAGCACUAACAGCUUCAGCUUCAGCCAGCCCUUCUUCAGAGACGAACUGGUUGCUUAUUCACAGAAUUGUCAUAUGUGGAUGAUUCCCAAAGGUAUCUAAUAGGCCCUCAAGCUACAGUAUGUACCAUCUGCUUUAGUCAACCAUUGCAUGAAGACAUACAGACACCUACUUAAUCGAUUGGUUGCAGGCAGCUGACCUCCAAAGGCUUGCCAUUGUGUCAUUACAUGCUUGUAAUGGAUGCAUUAUUUAUGUAAGCAUUAUGCAAGAACAGUAGGCCUGUCUUCAUGAGCUCGAGUUUGCCAAAUAACCCUACGUUUUUUUUAGACUCUGGAUAUUAUCCCGAAGCUCGAAAAUGAGACUUCACCAGACCGAUACGCUCAUCACAAACUAGGUCGGACGGGCGCAAAUUAGCCCGUUAUUUCCCAAAUAGCGGGAUGUUUUGGAAACAAGACCAAAAUUUCUCCAGAUAUUUUCUUAACUAAAUAUCCUGGUAAUUGCAAAUGUGGGCUGAUGAAGACGCAAAUUAACUGGCUAAUUUGCGAUCGGGAUAGUUUAAAAAGCAGGUUAUUUGGCAAACUUGAGCUGAUGAAGACAGGCCAAGGGACUUACUAUUAGAGGUAUCACCACUGCCUGUUAAUUUAUUUUAUGAUUUUAACAGUGGACUUGGUGUCUCAAGAUUGUCUGGGUCCAGUUUUAUUGUAACAGGCAAUGUGCAAGAGAGAAUUUGUUUAUUUCUGGAUAAUAAAAAUGCAAUUUAUAAACUCCUUCCUGCAUUAUCGGACACUACAAGAAAUGUACAAGGGAGACCUUUAUUGUUUGUUAUCUGGAGUGACUGCAACUGAAGAGAAAACACUUUGUGCUCUGUGAACAACAGUGUGUGAAACCUACUGCAUCUAUCAAUUUUCUUGCAUGUUUCCAAGACAUAGACAAAUGUGUGAAGUUUGAAGGGCCUACCGUAUAUAAGGCUUUUCUGGCAUGUAACAUUGCAUGCCAUUGCAUGUUAUUUCUAGGUUUCAGAUUGAGUUGAUACUGUACCUGUAUAUCCCCCAAAAAUA